UCGGUUGGAAGCCGGGAGCGGUUUCCGCCGUUGCUUCCUGCUCGCCGGGCCGCCCCCCUCGCGCCCUUCCCUCCCGUGGAAGGGGUGGGCGCGGCGCUGUCGUCGGUCGCCGCCUUGCCAUCUGAAAAGCGCCCCGCCUCCGCCCGGCUGUGUGGUCCACCUAGCGCUCCCAGAGGCUCCGCUGAGAUGAAGUGGCUGCUUCUUGAAUAGUGCCUGAUGAUUUUUUCGGAGAACCUCAAAUAUGACAUCAAAGAAGUGGGGAUUCAAAUCUGGUGAUUCCAAAUCUGAGUCAGAAUUGCAGGUGUAUAAGAAAGAAAAUGCAGCUUUGAAGAAGUCUUUGGAAGAAAUCAUUAAGGGGAAAAGAAAAAUGACACCCGAAGAAAGAAAAAGGCUUCUGGAGAAAAUACUUGCCCUUGAAACAGAAAUAGAAGAAUAUAAAAAUAAACUUGGAGAGAAAGAUCAAGAAAUCCAGGUCCUGAAAGAUGAGUUAAGGAGUCGAAGCAAAAAUACAGAUGUUGCUUCUCUGCAAGGUCAGCUGGAAGAGAGAACCAAAGAAGUGGCUAAGCGGGAACAGCUACUAAAUUCGCUCUCGGAAGAGGUGGAAUGGCAGAAAAAUCACAUAUCUGCAGUUUCUGCAAGAUGCGCAGAUCUUGAAAGCAGAGCCAGUAAUGUCCAGAUCACCCAGGAAAAGGCUGUGCACUUUGCUGGAACACCAGUCAACAUACAUGAAGUUGAAAUUCAACUGAAAGAUGCUUUGGAGAAAAACCAGCAGUGGAUAAUAUAUGACCAGCAACGGGAAGCUUAUGUUCAGAACCUCUUAGCAAGGAUUUUUGACCUGGAACAGCAGCUAAAAACUUUCAUCCAAGAGCAAGCAAAAGAAGCUAGGGCAGAAGGAGACAAGCAGAGAUAUUACGAACAGGUGUUGGCCGCAGCAGAAAGGAACCUGGAAGCGGAAAGGCGAAUAGUCUCCCAGCUACACGCUAACCUUAACGAUCUGCAAAGGAAGUACGAUGAAAUUAAGCAACAGGCGGUGAACGCAGAAGGCCUCCUCAAGCUGCAGAAGCAAACGGAUAUCAAGGCUCUUCAGGAUGAAAACCAGCUCAAGGGGCAGGUCUUGCAAAGAGUUACGCACGAACAUGAAGCCACCAGGAGAAAGCUGGAUGAAGAACGGAAGCGUGCACAAACCCUCUCAAUUCAGGUUGAAGUGCUUCACAAGUCUUUGUUAAAACAGCAAGAAGAACAGACAAGAAUAGCAGCUUUGGAAGAGCAGAUCCAGGCAUGCACAUCCGACUUUGAGAAUGAAAAACUAGAUCGCCAGAACCUGCAAAUCCAGUUGAACAAAGUCCUUAAGGAACUGCGGAAGGCAAGAGACCAAAUUACUCGUCUUGAGCCCUCAUUUUUUUUCCAGAAGCUUCCAGAACGUGGCGGAUGUGUAGAAGACGUAGACAACUUCCAGGUUGCUUUCGAAGACAAGCUGAUGAUACAAGACAAACGUCCUUCACCAAAACGUAUCAGCCUCCUGGAUGAAAGUUUCCUGGAGUGUCCGAAAUGUAAAAUCCAAUAUCCUACAAGCCAGCAUAGGGAAUUAUUAGCUCACGUUGAUUUCUGUACUGCUUAAGUCCUAGAGUAAGCCUGUAGCUCAAUACACACCACGCAAUUUAACAGAAAAUAAUAACUUUUUAAAAACAACUCGUGAAGAUGCUAAAGGACUACAGUUCGUUUUUUCAACCAAAACAUUUUGAGCUGUAAUUUAAUAUGAUCACGAAGGACCGGGCAGUAAACAACUCUGCGCAUGGUGUCUUCAGUUCGGAACUACUGAUUGUAUUUGCACUUUUGGGCAAGAAGGUUAUGCAAAUGUUCAUUUACUGCCGUUUUUACUUUACCGGAUUAACAUAUAAUUCUUUGCCUUGCCUCCAGAAAUCCAUUUUUGACAUUUCGGUUUGCCGAGACUCUCUUAACAUUUGCAGAUAUCCAGUGAGUUGUGAACAUGUAGGCCACAUGAAGGAACGUGGGUGUAAUGGGAAAACAAAAUAUCACGUACCCCGACUUCUAAUUGCCGCGGAAAUCUUCUUUGCAGAAAGAAAGCAAGUCCCAAAUUCAGAACAUUGGGGCGCGUCUUGACUAUUGCAUCCAGAACAGUGUUCUCAUUUGCACUUGUCAUCCCCGAGCUGAAAGCUUAGGGAUAUAACUUAUCAGGGAACCUGUAUAAGGAAAAUGCUUUUAAUAAAAUGGAACUAGGCUAUGCCACCAA